CUUAACUGAGGCAAAAAAUCAAGGUAGGGCGGCCGCCCUACCUUGCCCUGCUGGGUCCUCCGCCCGUGCCCAAUAGCUGUGUAUUUUCGCAAGAUAAAAAUUGGGGAGGUUGAUCUGAACCCAGAUGCCGUGCUUCGAGUCUGGCUGAAGCCCUGACCUAGGGUUCUUCGGUUCUCUUAGUCUCUGGGAUCCUUAUUUCGUGGUUGUUUAACUGUGAUAUUCGCUAGGUUUGUUAUUAGGGAACACUCUUCUUGGGGUAAAACCGGGUUCAUUAAUUACGGUAUAUGGUUCGAUUAUUUGAUGUUGCAAGUAAUAUUCUAGGGCAAAGGUAGCAAUCUGAAUCUUUGAUGUCUGUGGAAAAAAAAAUCGGCGAUCACGUCCUUCUAUUUCACAAGCCAACCUUGCGUGUGACCAGCUGCAAGAAUUUUGUGUGAUCAUCGGCUAUAGUCUUAGUUUUGCCUUGCUAUAUGCAGGAGUAGUUGCCUUGCUAGGCUUCUGGGAGCCUUGUCAGUUCUCUUAGGGUGAUUAAUUUAAAGCAUGUUCUCUGUGUAUGACCACUUAGAGGAACAUUUUUAGUAAUUCUUUCAGUGAUGUAAAACUUGUAUAUACAUACUGUUCAAAGAAGUAACUUCUGGAGACAGACAAAGUUCGCAAAAUUAUUAGCACAUUUCUAUACCAGUAUAUAGCGUACAGAUAUCAAAGCAUCUCGAUCGUUGGAUCUUUGCAAUUGUAUGACUGACACUCACGUACUUAGUAGAGGACCUUGUAGCAACACAUGUACCGUUGGAUAGAGAAAUCUAACAGUCACUAUCACAGCGAUUCGCGGCCGGUCCCACCACCUUCCCCGUCCGCCCUUUACUUGAGUAAUUCAUCCGCGCAUCUUGCUCUGGACUUCUUUAUUAGAUUCUACCAGGGCUGCACCUCUUUCGAGCAACGACAGCCAGGAAGCGUAAUGUCUUUUGAAGACAAGGCAGUGGCUAGUCGUAUUGCAUCACCCUCACCAAAAGCUGUGGUAUCAGAAUCAGAUCUUAGGAUGAUAAAUGCUACAUCAAAUAUGGAGCAACCUCAAGCAAAUAGCCAGGCCAAUGCAGUCGUCGGUCCAGUGGCUAUCUUUUGGGACAUCGAGAACUGCCCUGUUCCAAGUGAUGUACGGCCAGAUGAUGUUGCUGGAAAUAUACGGAUGGCACUACGGUUGCAUCCUAUUGUUAAGGGUGCAGUGACAAUGCUCUCUGCUUAUGGAGAUUUCAAUGCUUUCCCUAGAAGACUCAGGGAGGGAUGUCAGAGAACCGGAGUUAAACUUGUUGAUGUUCCAAAUGGACGGAAAGAUGCUGCUGAUAAGGCUAUACUGGUCGAUAUGUUUCUCUUUGCUCUGGACAAUCGCCCACCGUCAUCCAUUAUGCUCAUAUCUGGUGACGUGGACUUUGCUCCUGCAUUGCAUAUACUUGGCCAGCGUGGAUACACUAUUGUCCUUGCAAUUCCAUCUUCAGUUACUGUCUCAUCGGCUUUGAGCGGUGCUGGGAGUUUCGUGUGGGAUUGGCCUAGUCUUGCCCGUGGUGUAGGUAGUGUGGCUCCCAGAUCCCUAGGGCAUCGUGCCGCUGAACCUUCAGGCUAUCUCAACAGUGUUACGUUAGGGAAAUACCCUGACACAGAAGAGGAGGCCAUUGUCUAUAUGGGAACUUCAAGGAAUGAGUAUGGUGGCAGAACACCCGGCAACCAGAUGUAUUAUUAUAACUCUUCACAGAUCACUGGGGAACCAUGCAAAGCUUUCUAUACUGUCGAGGAUGGGAAUUGUGGCACUGGCACAUCAUCGAGGUCACAUAAUUUAUCAUGUGGUUUGAAUGAAGUCCCAGAGAUAGACCAAGGUUUUACAGGUGAACAUUCAUGGUGGGUCCGUCCUGGCGAUCUUCAAGGCUUGAAGGGUCAACUAAUAAGGUUAUUUGAGUUAUCUGGUGGAUCCGUUCCACUUGUCCGUGUUCCUUCAGAGUAUCUAAAGCUCUUCGGAAGGCACCUGUAUGUAGCAGAAUAUGGAGCUGUUAAACUUGUUCAUCUUUUCGAAAAGCUGGCUGAAUCUUUUGUUGUCAUGGGGCAGGGUCAGAGAAAGAUAAUUUGCCUCCGCAAUUCUGGUGAUAGGAAUGUUAAAAAAUAUUCAAGUACACCAAUCAUUUUGAAAAAUGAAAAGAGAUUAAGUGCUACUCUCGGGGAAAGUGCUGUUGGAACAUGUCAGCAGUUGAGCAGUUCAUCAGAUGAUUUUUCAGAGGAUGAACAGAACAUUAGCCCUGACGUAGAUGGAGCAUAUGUGUUUGAUGAGCAUCUAGCCAGAUGCAGAACCGAGAUUCAGGAUCUUCUUGUUUGUUACUAUAAGUGCCGUCUUCCACUGUGUGAUUUUGAGUCCCUAUAUGAGCAACGGUACAAGAAGGUUCUUGACUAUCAGAGCUUCGGAGUCAAUGGUCUGGAGGAACUAGCUGAGAAGUUAAAAGAUGUCGUCGAAUUGCAAUUGGAUGAGGUCAGCAACAUGAAGCUCAUCAAAGCCAAGUCAGCAAAAUGAAGUUACUCAAACAAAGCCAAGUUAAUCAGUGGUUAGUCCCACCAUUGUCUUAAUAUCAGAAGUACAGUUACUUCAGUAGUACUUUAGAUUUGGUUUCCUCAAUGAGCAUGUUCUGUCAAGCACUGGACCGACGUCUAUUUUUUUAUCAUGUCGGUGCGAUAAGCGCGGGUGCACAGCAAAUCAAAUGCUUGUAAUAAUAUGUCGUUCUUCUAAUCAACACGAAUAGGUGGCUUCAGCAAUUGAAAAGGGAAACCAUCUUUCACUUUACAGUUAUUUGGCAUGGCACUUGCAUGCUAGAGACCUAACAGAAGUUGAGAUUGUUUAAUGUAUUUUCUUCUCCUGCGGCAUACACUGAGACAUCAUACUGUCUCAUCUGCCUGUCAUAAUUUCGUAGCAUGCUGGAGGAUCAGAUUUAUUUGUACUAACAUGGUUAUAAAAUGAUGGUUUGCACGC